UUGUUCAUUCACUCCGCCUCGAGUUGAGACGUUCGUCCACUCAUUCAUGUUUCCCAAGAAACACAAUCUUACCAACUGCAGAUAUAAUGGGAGAUGUUGAAGUUCAAGUCCAGGUCCAGGUCACUAUAGAUUCACCGACAGGCGAACAUGCGUCUGGCGGCCUGCAGGAGGACACGAGCGGCGAGAAGGAGUCAGACUGCACGGAGAGUCCUGAAAGCACUGGACAAGGAGAGGAUCAGGACCUACUCUGUUGGUUGCCUGUUGCUCUGGCGCCUCCCUGUGGUGAGCAUACCGACUGCAUCUGUGCAGAGGUCAAGUGGAUGGAGAGAAGCCUCCAGGCCUUAGAGCUACAACUUCAGUUCUUCCUGAGCAAAGCAGAUGACUUGCAUGACUGCCUCGUCAAUCGACAGGGUCAGCUAGGGACAGAGGCUCUUGCAGCUGCAGUGCCAAGUUUCCUGUACACCUGUCAGCCUUUCUUUAACAACCUGGAAUCAACAAUCACCAUGUCGCAGCACACCCCUGUGCAUUUUGAAAUAUACACGAGGCUGUUGGACUUCUCUCAGCAGCUGUGUGACAGGUUGGAACAACUGGUGUUGACCUACGCCAGCAACAAUCUCCUCUGUUUGGAGGAGUCUGAGCCUAACAGUGUGUCUCACUUCUACAUCGGCCAGAGUCAGGUCGGUCUGCUGAAUGUUUCCACGUUUCGCUACUGUAGGCCAACACCAUACCUGGCCCAGGUCGACACCGGCCUGUACAAACGCAUGCGCUGGAAUGUGGAGGGACUGCGAAAUGAGCAGCAGCCAGAUGAAGAGAGGGAAAAGGACACAGAGUAUUACUUCCUGUGCUACGAGGACAUUCCCAACCCACACGCAGAAGCAGGCGGGGACAUCCAACGUGUCUCUAAUGGUGACGUGGUGAGGAUGUGGUCCAUCGGUCAGUGGGUUCAGGGGACCCCCGAAACAGACGACAUCUACAACUGGAUCAUAUGCCAGAUCCCUACAGCCAGUUAUCAGAGACUGCUGUUUUUGGGCAGCACUGAGCCUUCGAGCUGCAGUGCUACAGACUACCUGAAGCAGCUGCUGUUGUCCCACCAGACAACAGAGUGAAAACAGUGAGGUAAACCUGUCUGUCUCUGGGAUACACCAUGAUGGUGGUUGAUCAAAUGAUAAACAGCUUGUUAAAUUGACAUCACCAACUUAAAUCCCACAUUAUAAAGCUUUCAGCCAGUCAUUAAGCAAAAGUAUUUCUGGUUCUAAGCUUCUAAGGUCAACAUCUGGGUUUAUAUGCAUCCGGAUGUCUGAGCAGAAACACCAGCGUCGACAUCACAAGCACAUCACAUGACUGCAAAAUGUGAUACUCUCAGCCAGAGGUUGUUCAACAUUUAAAGCUGAAGAGACGCCUGUUGUCAAAAAUGAGAAGUAUUGUUUGAAAAGCAAAGUUUUAUAGAUUGCAAGUUAAAAAUGGUUGUAUUGUGUUUGUAAAAAUGGUUAUGCUGUGUGUUGUGAUGAGCAUGUUUAACUCUUAUGUGUGUUGUACACUUUUUGUCACUUUAUUUUGUACAGUGUGUUAAUGUUGAAGAUAUUUUA